AUGGCCUGGACCCGUCUCCUCCUGGGCCUCCUGGCUCUCUGCUCAGGUCCAGUGGUCUCCUAUGAGGUGACCCAGCCAGCGUCCCUGUCGGCGGCCCUGGGAGCCACGGUCAAGAUCACCUGCCAGGGAGACAACAUUGGGAAUUAUUAUGCUUCCUGGCACCAGCAGCAUCCGGGCCAGUCCCCUGUCACGGUCAUUUACAGCAAUAACGAUCGGCCCUCGGGCAUCCCUGAGCGGUUCUCUGGUGCCAAAUCAGGGAACACGGCCACGCUGACCAUCAGCGGGGUCCAGGCUGAGGACGAGGCAACCUACUUCUGUGCUGCAGGGAGUAGCAGCUCCGGGCGGCAGCUCUUCGGGAGCGGGACGCGGCUGUCUGUCCUCGGCCAGCCCAAGUCGGCGCCCUCUGUCACGCUGUUCCCGCCCUCCUCUGAGGAGCUCGACACCAACAAGGCCACCGUGGUGUGUCUCAUGAGCAACUUCUACCCCGGCGCGGUGACCGUGGCCUGGAAGGCCGACGGCAAGCCCAUCACCCAGGGCGUGGAGACCUCCCAGGCCUCCAAGCAGAGUAACAACAAGUACGGGGCCAGCAGCUACCUGAGCCUGACCGCCGGCCAGUGGAGACAGCACCGCACGGUCACCUGCCAGGUCACGCACGAGGGGAGCCUGGUGGAGAAGACAGUGGACACCACGGCCUGUUCCUAGGCCCGCGGCUCCCCCCCAGGCCCCCGGGCCCUGCCCGCCCCGCCCACCGCCAGCCCUCCUCCUGCACACACUCUCAAUAAACGUCUCA